AUGGCGCCCGCACAGCCUGAGCUGAAGAAGUACCUCGACAAGCGACUGUUUGUGCAGUUGAACGGCAGCCGCAAGGUCAUCGGUGUCCUCCGUGGCUACGAUGUCUUCCUGAACAUUGUCAUGGACGAGGCGGUGGAAGAGAAGGACGGUGGAGAGAAGGUCAGACUCGGCAUGGUUGUCAUCCGUGGUAACUCGGUGGUGAUGCUCGAGGCACUGGAACGAAUCGGCGGCGACGAGCGACAAGGCAGAUAA